UGUGGGCUCCCGGGGCUCGGGAGCGCCCGCUGGCCAGUCUCCCCGGACAAGCGAGUGGCCUUUGGAUCUCACAGGCGCGCACACCCGGCCGGCCUGGCCGCCAGGCCGGCCAGGAUGCCCGUCAUGGUGGAAGACAUCAUGAAGCUGUUGUGCACCCUCUCUGAGAAGAGAAAAAUGAAAGCGGCUGUCAAGCACUCGGGCAAGGGUGCCCUGGUCACGGGAGCUGUGGCCUUCGUGGGCGGCCUGGUGGGUGGCCCACCAGGACUUGCUGUCGGUGGGGCCGUCGGGGGCCUGCUAGGUGCCUGGAUGACAAGUGGACAGUUCCAGCCCGUGCCUCAGAUCCUAAUGGAGCUGCCCCCGGCCGAGCAGCAGAAGCUCUUUAAUGAGGCCGUUGCCAUCAUCCGGCACCUGGACUGGACAGAUGCUGUUCAGCUCACCACUCUCGUCCUAGGCAGUGAGGCCCUGCAGCAGCAGCUGCUGGCUGUGCUGGUAGGCUACAUCACCAAGGAGCUGCAGGCCCAGAUCCGCUAUGACGACUAGGCCACCCUGCCUCGAGGGGCUGGGGGCCAGGGGAGGCUCUGAGUGUCCGCUCUGCCUGGAGUGGUGUCUCCUGCCUGAGAAGAUACUGCUAUGCUGUGACAUGUUCCAGAAGUUAUUUCCCAGUGUGCCCUGGCUGCCCUCUGACCCAGUAGUUGGCGAGAAGUGCAGGCACUCCUGGCUCAGGCCCAUGGGGCAGUUUUCUGAGUUGCCUUUUGGGUGCUUGGGCGGCUAGAGGAAGUCGUUAUGGCCCCAACACACUCUCUCCGCCUUCUCCUCUCCCAAGCACCUGUGCAGGAAGGACCUGGAGCACUCUGAGUGAGAAUACUGGCCCCCGGGUGUGCCCUGCCCUUGCCCCUGCCCCAGAGGAGGGGGAGGGCGCUCAGCCCACAGAGCCCCCAGCUCGCCCAUGCUGGGGUUUCAGUGUCCCCACCCUUGGAAUCUGGGCAGUUCCAGAGGCCCGUGUUGCCGGCUCUAAGGAGUGUCUGCAGCCUACAGAUUGCCCUCAUUCUGCUUCAAGUGACAAUAAAUCUGAACAGUCGCUCUUC